AUAUGAGUUAAGACUUUAGUUUUUGAAAAUUGGAAUUAAGAUCAAAAAGCAAAAGUGCAAUAAGGUUUUGUAAAUUCCUCUGAGGCACCUUAUAAAAGGCGGAGUUAGUAAAUAGAAUUCCUUCAAAUUUUACUACGGUAAGCAGUAGUCAGCUGAGCAAGAGGCCCGAAUCCUGCGAAAUUUGUGGGUCCUAUGGUUGAUGUAAAAAGGGAGAAGAAUUUGCAUCGAAGUAACAGCCUGUCAAUCAAGCAUAUUCAACGGAUAGUUGGAGGUUGGUUCUAGGCUCUUGAACUGCAAUUCAAAAAGCUUUAUAGUUCAUUGAAUGAGCUUUUUUGAAAAGAUAAUCACUGAUUUGGAUUAUUUUUAUCACGUUGCCUUUUGUCUUCACAAGCACGAUCGCAAGAAAGCGGUAUUGAGGAGGGCAUAAAUCGUAUCUUGAUGUUGACAUUUUUAAUGAGUAUUGAGCUGGAGUUUGUGUCGGUUUCUGGUAUUGGUUCACAGCACAUAACCACAGCAGUUCGUGAAAUGGACUGCCAAGGAAUAAAUUGCGAAGAGAGGCUCACAUUUUAAAACCUGGUUUUGAUAUCAAAAUAAACUAAACAAACAAAUAGCCAAACAAGAGCAGAGGGAACAACCAGAAAGGCCCGAAUAUGGACAGUACUGGCAAACAUGUAUCAAUCGCGCCCAUAAUUGAGAUAGAAGAUAUUGAAGAUGAAGAGGAGACACCCACUAGGUUACAUGGAAUUUUACGAAGGAGAAAAUCGUUACCCGAUGCCAGCGAAAAACGUAAAAGCAGUGAUGAAGAUAACUUAGAAUGUCUUGAGAACAUGCUGAUAUCAACUGUAAUCGGGAAUAAAAAUCACGUUGAUGAAAAAAAUGUAUUGCCUGUACGGCGAUGCUUGAACCGAGCAGCCAGCAGUUCCAAAGUGCAAUACGCCAUGAUACGCUCUGCCAUUAGCGAAGGAAGUUAUCUUGAGCUACAAACAUUGCUGAGACGAAGAGAUGUUCGAAUUAAUGAGAUCGAAGGAGACGGUAUGGCAGCUAUCCAUUUUGCUGCUAUGUACGGCACUCCGGAAUCAGUAGAAAUUUUAAUCAACGAAGGGGCUAAAGUUAAUUUUCCUAACAACACUGGAGAGUACCCUUUGGACAUUGCGGUUAAGAAUGGAAAUUUCGAGAUAGCCCAGUUUCUAAUUGAAAAGGGUGCUCGGUUGGACAACGUCAUUAACGGCACACCUUCAAAGAAAGAACGUGGAUAUCGCUCUAAUCGGCUGAGAGAAAGGUCAAAAACUAUCGACGCAUCUUAUUGCUGAGCGAACAACUCGAACAUGACUAUUUGGUAUGGUAAAAAGAAGUAACAGGAAAUUCAAAAGGGAAUCUCAGGCUUUGCUGUUUUAACAAAGGAUUUUGAAAUCCGUGCUCUGGUUUCAUGAGGAUUUAUUUGGUAUUGUUUGUAAGCUGGUGGAAUUUUUUGAUGAAAUUUGUUAUCUGGAAUUUACAUAUUAGAUGUGCAAGAUUGUUGGAUGCUGUUUUUUCAACAGAAGCCUGACAUUUAGACAGUCAUGGAUACGAAAUUCUGAACAUAAUGAAGUAUUUGCUUAAAGAUAGUUUUUCGUAUUGUGCUUUCUUUUUGGUGUAUGUGGCGACUUUUUUAGCCAUCCCAGAACACUUAUUUCUUUGUUUUGGAAAAGAGAUGCACUAGUAUAAAUUAAAAGGUGGUAUUAGGGUGUAGCUAAAGCUCGUUUGGGAAAAUCUCGCCUUGUCGGCAGAUUUGAGAAGUGACCCUCUUUUCCCAGGGCGAGUCCCUAGUCUCUGGGGUAAUCCUCCGUCCUGGAGUCAGAGAACAUGCGUAAUGUUUACUUCUUUCAAUGCGCAUACUCCCUGUCUCCAAGACGGGGGGUUGCUACCUUGGUUGCCAAACUCGCUCUUUAUAAAAUAAGAGAACGUCGUGUUCUGCUCAACGUUUUACACCUGAGUUUAUUUCAAUGAAGUUUAUUGUUUCCCUGUGACCUUUGAACGUACAGAAAUAUGUACACUUGCUCCUGAUUGAGUAAUAUCAGCACACCAGAACGAGGAGAGGGGGCACUAAACCAGACUCUCUCUUAUUUGAUACAGAGUGAGUCUGGCACCCAGGGUAGAGGGUUGUCUAACUAAUUGAAAAUUUUCUUUUGCCCGUAUCCCAUUCAAGAAAGUGAAAAAUAAUUUGCAGGAGAGGACGAUGGGAAAAUAAUGACGCACAAGCUCUUACAUCAGCUGUCAUAAAGCAAAUGGAAAAUUAUCUGAAAAAAAUAACUUAAUGGAAAAUGAAGUCUCUCGAAGCACCAGGAACCACCUUCGCUACUGCGGGUGGCCCUACCGAGCAUCACUGUUUAAUUCACAUAAAAUAUAAACAAUAACAUAUGUUUUAGCGAAAUUGAAUAUUUUAUUAUUAACAUUUGCUUAAACACUUCAUUAGAGGUUCGAGAAAAAAGUAGUAGAUUUUCGUUAUUGGUAAAUAGUAGAAAUGUUAAUUUUCUGACAGAUAAGAAUUCUUGUUCUUUACGGUUUUUCUUUUAUUCAGCGAAACGUUAUUCAAAUCUAGUUUCAACUUCUGAUUCUAAAAUUUCAUUAACAAAAUAAUCUAAUUUUUCAUAAGAAAAUUAAAAAUUGAAGGUUAGCAAAAUUUAUCGAAUUUCUUCGCUUUUUCGCUUUUUUAAACUUGACAAUAGAAUUAAAACUUGUGUUAACAACAGAAUCAGUGGCGGUGCCAGCCACUAGUU